AUGACGCAGGGCGGCGGCGAAGAGAAAUCCACGUUCCGGUGGCUGGACGCGGCUCGCUACGCGGUGGCCGCCGCGGUGACCGUGCUCAUCAUGGCCGUCAUCGUCAACGCCAUCAAGGUGGUUCUCCGGACCGAGUCCCUGCAGCUCUCGGUCCGCGGAGGCGCCGUCUCCGCGGCGCCGUUCAGGCCGCCGCCUGAGGAGGUCCUCGCCGUCGAGCUCAACCUCCGGGCGCACAACCCCAGCGGCCGGGUCCGCAUGUACUACCUCAACAUCAGCGCGUACCUCUUCGACAAGAGCACGCCGGCGUCGGCGUCGUUGAACCCGGGCUUCGACUGCGUCAUCAUCUUCAAACCCCAAGACAUAGCCGUGCUCCAGCAGGAGGCGGUGGACUCCAUGCUGGCCCUGAAAGCGAAGAAGAACAGUGUGGGGGCGCCCUACUUCGACGUGCUGUACAAUGGCAGCCGCGUCAGCGACAUGACGCUGCGGCUGGACGGCAACCUCGUCACCGAGGUGACGUCCGACCUCAACAAGACUCGCCCGGCCUCCUACUACUGCGAACAGCUCCUCGUCGGCGGCAACCCGGACGACGAGGCUAUCAAUGUGUCCGUGCAAGCAAUGUUUGACGCAUCUCCAUUGACAAUGUCUGAAACAAUGACAGUGAUGCCACGCGACGACCGCACCCGGGUGCCGUUGUAUCGCCAUCCCGGCCCGUGCUCGCCGCCUUCGUCGUUUACGGGUGCGGCGAAGGCGACGCCAUCGCUGGCCGACCUGCUCCGCCGGGACCAGCUCCGCGUCGACCACAUCCAUUGGAGGCUGUCGGAAUCUGAAGGCGUUGGUGUGAGCGAGGGCUCCGUCAAGGAGCCGGUGCGCUUCGGGGUAGCCUACCUCCACGACCAGCCGGUGAUUCAAGUCAGAAUCGGUUCAGAAUCCAAGGGCUCGGAGCAGCAGCAGCAGCAGCAGCGGAGCCCGCCGGGAGUGGUGCAGACGGUGGUGCUGGACACGGCGAGCGACGUGCCGUGGGUGCAGUGCGCGCCGUGCCCCGUGCCGCCGUGCCACCCGCAGGCGGACUCCACCUACGACCCGGCCCGGUCGAGCACGUACGACGCCGUGUCUUGCGGAUCCCCGGCCUGCGAGCAGCUCGGCCGCCUCUACGGCGGCGGCUGCGCCAACGGCCAGUGCCGGUACCGCGUCCCCUUCCCCAACUCCAACCUCUCCUCCUCGUCGGGGACGUACGGCACCGACCUCCUCGCGGUCGGCCCCAACAGCGGCAUCACCUUCAAAUUCGGGUGCAGCCACGCCGAGGCCGGGCAGGGCGGCAGCUCCGACUCCGACAACACGACCGCCGGGGUCAUGGCGCUCGGCGGCGGCCCGGAGUCGCUGGUGUCCCAGGCCGCGGCCAACUACAGGAACGCCUUCUCGUACUGCAUCCCGGCGGCGACGGAGAGGCGGCCGGCCGGGUUCUUCGUGCUCGGCGCGCCGCCGAGCGCGGACUCCUCCGCGUACGUGGCGACGCCCAUGCUCCGGUACCCGCGGGUGCCCACGUUCUACCUCGUGCGCCUCCAGGGCAUCACCGUCAACGGGCAGCUUCUCAACGUGACGCCCUCCGUGUUCGCCACCGGCACCGUGCUGGACUCCCGCACGGCCGUGACCCGCCUGGCGCCGACGGCGUACCGGGCGCUGCGCGAGGCGUUCAGGGGCUGGAUGGCCGUGUACACGGCGGCGCCGCCCAGGGGGAGCCUCGACACCUGCUACGACUUCUCCGGCGCCUUCUUCGUCGCGCCGCCGAGGAUCGAGCUGGUGCUGGAGCGGGGCAACGUCCUGGAGCUGGACCGGUCGGGGGUCCUCUUCCACGACUGCCUCGCCUUCGCGCCCAACAGCGACGACCGCAUGCUGGGGAUCCUCGGCAACGUGCAGCAGCAGACGAUGGAGGUGCUCUACGACGUCGGCGGCGGGGCCGUCGGGUUCCGCCGCGGCGCGUGCUGAUCGACGAGAGCGACGACCGGGCGCUGCUGGCGCUGCUCCAACUACGCCAAUGGAUCUAUCUGCGUGCUAGAGAUUUUAGCAUUCGGUAUUAAUUCAGAAUAAGUUAGUACUAAUCGUUCCUGUUUGUAAGGCUUGUUUGUUCUAUGUUGUACACAAGCUAGCUGUUCGUACAUCAUAAUCAUGGCUAUAUAUAAGCCCAAUUAAGUGCACAUGCUCAGAAGCCACUUAGACUGUUUGACAUGCUCUUCAAGUCCAAAAAGGAGGAGGAUUUUACUGUAUGAAGGCACCAAAAUUGUAACUUCAAGUCUUGUACCUACCUACUCUCUCCGUCCUAUAACACAGGGUAUUCUAGGAUUUUUCAUAACAGAUUAAUAAGAUGAAUAAAUGAUGCA